CAAACCCUUUUCCCAUCCCUACCCCUGCGAUCCUCCACGCCAUUUAAAGCUUCGUAAAGUUUUCUUCCACUCCCCUGCCCGUAUUGAAAACCGGAAACACCACCCCCUCUCUCCCUCUCCCUCUCUCUCUCUCUCUCUCUCGAAUUUUUCUGCUUAUUUUUUUUGUUAAUCUUGCACGUCUUGGCAUGAUUUCAUCAGUACCCAGAUUUAUUUAUCUCGCCACGCCCACAUGGGCAGAGCUUUGAGAAGCCCGGACUCAGAUUUUCUAUUCUAUCCCUGUCCCUCGUUCCUCGUCGGCUUUUUGGGAAUUUAAUAAGCGCGGAAUCAGCAGCUCCUCCUCUCCUGCCUGGAGGUUCGAGGUGUGCCAGGCGUUAAAAACCCGAGGCGGAAUUGGAAUAGAAGCAGCCCCCGAAGACAGAGAGAGAAAAGGCCUUGGAAAUGGCGAUGCAGAGAGAGAGGGAGAAAGAGAGCGGGAGAGGGGCUUGAAUCGAAGUUCCUUAGAAGGGUCGCGAUGUGUUGGGUGAAUAUGGUGGGGGGCGUGCAAUCUCUCGGCGGCAGCGGAAAUCAGGACGGGCGCAAGAGGACAAGGCCAAUGUUGCUGCGCACAGACGAGCGCGACCGGGUGUGGACGAAGAGAGAAACGACAGGACCCCCGGCAGGAAGCUUCUCAGAGGCCGUCAUGGAUUGUAGCACGAGUGGCUCUUCUUGUAGCUGUUGUCGUUGGCGUUCCUCCUCCUCCUCCUCCUCCAAGAUCUCCCUCUCGCCGUCCUCAAUCAUUCCCAUUUUUGUGCUCUUCCUCCUCGUCCCUUCUCCCUUCUUUUGUCACGCUCGUUCGUUGGAAACCGCCGCCGCCUUCCGCACCGCGAACCGGACCAACCGGACUAACCGGACUUUCCGGCCCGGGGACGAGCUGCAGAAGCUGAAGAUGAUAAGGGCUCGUCUCAGGGACAUCAACAAGCCUCCCAUCAAAACAAUUCAGAGUCCUGAUGGAGAUAUAAUAGACUGUGUUCUAUCUCACCGGCAACCAGCCUUUGAUCAUCCUCUAUUGAAGGGACAAAAGCCAUUGGAUCCACCGGAGAGGCCGAACGGGCAUCAUUCAACCGCCGCAGCCGCUGAGACGUUCCAGCUAUGGAGCAUGUCGGGCGAGGCAUGCCCGGAAGGGACGGUGCCAAUACGGAGGACAAGCGAAGCAGACGUGUCGAGGGCUUCUUCAGUUCAGAGUUUUGGGAUGAAAAUGAGAAGACAUGUCAGGAGAGACACUUCAAGCACUGGACAUGAGCAUGCGGUAGGGUAUGUGAGUGGAGAUCAAUACUAUGGAGCCAAAGCAAGCAUAAGUGUGUGGGCGCCAAAAGUGGCUAAUCAAUAUGAAUUCAGCCUCUCCCAGUUGUGGGUCAUCUCUGGCUCUUUUGGCGAUGACCUUAACACCAUUGAAGCUGGCUGGCAGAUUAGUCCAGAAUUGUAUGGGGACAGCUAUCCGAGGUUCUUCACUUAUUGGACAACGGAUGCCUACCAAGCAACGGGGUGUUACAACUUGUUGUGCUCAGGAUUUGUCCAGACCAACACUAGGAUUGCAAUUGGGGCGGCAAUUUCUCCCACAUCCUCCUACAAUGGUGGUCAAUUUGACAUAAGCUUGAUGGUUUGGAAGGAUCCAAAGCACGGGAAUUGGUGGCUCGAAUUCGGUUCAGGCGUCCUGGUCGGGUACUGGCCAUCGGUCCUGUUCACCCACCUCAGGGACCACGCAAGCAUGGUACAGUUCGGCGGGGAGAUCGUGAACUCGAGGCCCUCAGGCUUCCACACGAGCACCCAGAUGGGGAGCGGGCAUUUUGCCGGCGAAGGGUUCGGAAAAGCCUCCUAUUUUCGGAAUUUGCAAGUAGUGGAUUGGGACAACAACCUCAUUCCUUUGCAAAACCUCCGGGUCUUAGCGGAUCACCCGAAUUGCUACGACAUACAAGGAGGGAUUAAUAGAGUUUGGGGGAACUAUUUCUACUAUGGAGGACCAGGAAGGAAUGUGAGGUGUCCCUAAAAAGUUGGGGUUGUAGGUAAAA